UUCCUAUUGUUGCCGGAAGUGACGUUAGGGUUCAGAGGCUUCAGAAAGUAUUUUCAUCUCCAUGGUCUACGAUUCGCCACGGGGUCUCGGCUUCUCACUUCCCAGUUCGAGGCCCUCUGAGCCUCAGAACUGGGCAGACUUCCAAUCUGCACCUUGGGAUCUGACUGAAUGUAGAAAAACCUCUCGGCAGGACUAGUCUUCCAAGGGCUCUGGCUAGACAUCCUGUGGAAUCUGCGGCGGAGAAUCCAGGGACGUGGAGGAACCGAGAGCUUUGAAGAUCCUGCAGCGGUGCUCGGAAUACAAACGGUCGGCGCGAGAAGCGCUCCCCGGCAGCGGCGUCGGGCCGCAGGGACUCGUUGCUGGAGGCUGGGCUCCUGGGGUUCUCGGGUUGCAUAUGCUACCACCUCCUUUGCCCGUUGUGCGGGGCCAGAGGCCUUCGGAGCCCUUUCUUUGCUGGGCCGUUCUGGAUCCCAGCUGUACUUUUAUCAUACUCUUCUUCAGAAUAUUUAUUCUGCUGAUACAGAAGAGGAUGUGUUCCAAGGACAUACUUUGUUGUCAGAAAUUCCAUUGCCAGAGUGACUUCAUUUGAGAGGAGCAGCAUUCCCAGAGGAUUCAGUACUCAAGGUGAAAAAUUAGAUAAUUUUCAAAGCUGGAGUUGAAUCAAACAUUAAACAAUGGCAACAGGUGACUUAAAAAGAAGCUUAAGGAACUUAGAACAAGUGCUUCGCUCGCUAAAUUAUCCUAGAGAGGUGGAUUGUGUAGGUUUGGUAAAGGGAGAUACAGCAGCCUCUCUGCCCAUCAUCAGCUAUUCCCUUACCUCAUACUCACCCUAUGUAGCAGAACUUCUGGUCGACUCCAACGUUGAGCUCCUAGCAAAGAAUGACUUGCGCUUCAUAGAUACUGUCUAUAAGCUUCUUCGUGAUCAAUUUAAUUAUAAACCAAUCUUGACAAAAAAGCAGUUUAUCCAGUGUGGAUUUGCAGAAUGGAAAAUCCAAAUUAUAUGUGAUAUUUUGAAUUGUGUGAUGAAAAAGCACAAGGAGUUGAGUAGUCUUGAGAAGACUCCAUCACAACAAAGAAAAAAGACCAGUUCUGCUAAGUCAGAACCUUGUUCAAGUGCUGAGAAGACAUCUACUGAACCUGUGGGCAUUGAUGUCACCGGCAGAUUUGUGACUUCAGGAAAGAAGAAAGCUGUGGUGAUCCGACACCUGUACAAUGAAGAUGGUGCUAACAUUCCUGAAGAUACAGUUACAGAUGUUAACGAAGCAUUUGAUGUUUGUGACAUAAAGGCUGCUGAAAUAACAAUUCCUGAAUUACAGGUUCCUGACAUUAACUGUGAGCAACAAGAUAUAAAAGUCAAUCCUGAGGUUAUUGCAUUACAGUCUAUGCUUGCUGAAUGCCAAGAAAAGCUUAAGAAACUGACUUGCAUAGAGAGUAGAUUAGAAUCUUUGGAAGAAAAAAUGAAAGGGAAAGUGCUGGUGAAUGAAAAAACCUGGGCUAAUCUUCUGAGUCGUGUCACUCUUCUUGAAACAGAAAUGCUUUUAUCCAAAAAGAAUGAUGAAUAUGUACAGUUUAAUGAGAUGAGUGAAGACUAUUCUUCCAGUAGCGACAUGGACAGUCUCAAUCCAGAUAGAAAAAGCAAAGAGGAAAGGCAUGCAAAUAUUCCUUUGUCCUCUGGUUAUAGUACGGUGUCAUCAGAUUCAACUCCCAGAACCUCAACUGUUAAUUACUGUGGUUUGAAAGAGAUCUCAGAGAACCUUCCCACAUGGAGUGUCCCAUCCUCUUGUUCCCACCCUGGCCGGCUGCGUUCUAGGCCUCCUCCAGCCAGCUCGUCCUGGACUCUCCCGGGUCCCUCUCCCAGGUUGCCUCUUCAUUUCUGGGACCCCAUGUCUCCCUUCCCUUGCUGCACUCGGAUGUUUUAGGGGAGCUCCUCCACUAAACCCGGAGCCCCUUCUUGAGCAGUAAGUCUCUCAGUAGGUGGACCUUCACCCUCUGCUUUUCCUUUUUGCAGCAUCGCCCUUGUCCAUCUGAUUUCCAUUUUCCACCAGCUCGUGAAAACCCCGGCUGAUGGCCCCUCACCCAUAUUCCUCAUGUGCGUUUAUAACUUACCUAUACCUUUGUCAUGGUAAACGGGGUGGAGGGCCCCAUGGGCAGGGAAAUACAUGUUUGCUUUGAAUAGAAAA